AUGCUUUCUUCCAGUUCAAUUGUGACGUUCUCCAACUUGAAGCAGGUCCCCAACCCAGCUGCACUCGGUCUGUUCUCCUUCGCGUCCACGACCUUCAUUCUGUCUCUCUACAACGUCAACGCCCAUGGAGUCAUUCUCCCCAAUGUAGUCGUCGGUAUGGCCUGCUUCUGCGGUGGUCUUGCCCAGCUUCUUGCUGGUAUGAAUUUAUGCGCCCAUCGCUGGCUCAAGCAACCCAAGACAAACGGAACUGCGGACGAGUUCUGUGUUUACUAUGGCAGUCUCAAUGAAGAGCAGAGGAAGGAUUAUGACAAUGUAGCUAACGUUAGUGUUCCAGGCUAA